ACGUCCUCCUCCAAUCCAAUCCAACCCACCUAUGUCUCCCGGGCCUGGUGCAUUUUCGAAAGCUACGUAUGCAUCCAACAAAACUUCUCGAUGGAAGUGAUCCUUCCCAAUUCGGCGGAGGAAUUCUUCCGACAUGCCUUGUCGGCUGGUGAUGCCGGGCUUCGUGAGCUCACCCAAGCCGUUGCAUCUUUAGACGUCCGAGAUGCGAAGGCUCAUCAACGCGCCGAUGAGGAUUCGAUCAAGAAAUUGAUCCUCAACGACAUCGGCUUCGACGCGGUGAACCAUGCAGUGCGUUCGAGAUUGGUGGAGGAAUUCAAGUCACUGUUCGGAGAGCUCUUCCUGCCGCGCUGACAUGUCGACAGCAUGGCACAUCUAACGGAUACCUAAGAUGUCGCAAAUUGGAAGCGAUGAACGAUUUUUCGGAGAAAAACAUGGACUCAGUCACUUCGUGUAACUGAUUUAAAGGAUCGGAUAUCCGCUGACAUCCCACUUUGGUGUUGAUGAAAUUUAGAUGUGAACCACGGGCAGCUUAUAAAUUCACUGCAAAUGCUCAUGGCUCAUGGGAGGCUCACGGUGAC